UGAACUAUCCCUUUAAUAUACAUGAUACUUAAAGUUAAUACGGCAAAAGUCACUAACACGACUAACAGAAAUGCAUUUUUUCCCAAAUUAAAAUUUUGGUUCUAAAACACAUUUUAAAAACAAUAAUAUAUAAUAAUACUGUAGAACCAGAAUUCAACCUCUUUUUUUUUUGUGACGCAUUUACACAACCUACAGUGCAUUCAAGGUACAUUCUAUCAGUUUUGUACUGUUUAUUCAUAUUGGGAUGGGCAGUAAUCAUUUCAUAAUAGCAAUAAGGCACUCAAGGCUGAAAAAAGGUCUUGUAGGUGAAUUUUAAAAAAAGUUUUAAAAUGAUAAUUUUUUUUACAUUACAUUAAGCACUAAACCUGUUAGCAUUUAUGUGCAUGGUGUGAUGUGGUGGGUGGAGUCCAUCCUUUUAUGACAAUGACAAUGCAACUGUAUUUACACCCAUGCAUGAGAUCUGCAAUUGAGAGAGGGAGAUAGAGGUAGUGCAUUCAAGCGAGACAGCAAAAGUCUAGCCAGCCACAAAGGGAUUAAUCUUCCUCGUUCCACAGAGAAAAACUUGAAAACUCAAAAGACGCAUUUGAGUCAGCUUGGUCCUCUUAGACAGAAAAUGCAGAUUGAAAAUUCAAAGAGAGGUAGUUUACUACAGAAUACAGCACAUGUAAAUACAUCCUUGUCUCAAAAAUGGGCCAUGUACCUCGUGUGUUCAUGUCAUGUGAUCAUGUCGGAGCGCACGUACACAGACCCUGUCACAUACACAAAUCUUGCUAGAGCCUUGCCAUGAAAUCUUCACUGACCUUUGACCUGGCCCAUUUUGGUGUGUAUUGUGUGUUUGUCUAAUAAUAAUAAAAACAAAAAUAAAAUUCAGAUGAUAAAUUAGCAUAUGCAGAAGCAUUUAAACAUGCAGUAAACAAUGACACAUUUUUUGAAAAUCUCCCUCUAUUCAUCAGAAAACCAAGUAGCUUACUAUAUCGCUGAUAAAUUGCAAUAGAAUUAUAGAACAUCUAUAUUAAAGGCCAUCAUAGGCAUGUGAAAGAUAAAGAUUGCAAAUAUGGGACAAAUACAGACAGAAGACAACAGAUUUAGAGUGACACAAAGCCCAGCCAAUAACAGGCAACCAUUUUUGCAGUCAUCCAAUGAGAGGACAUGGGUGGGGUAUGAAAUGUGUCGGGGGAGGGGCAGCAGCACUGCAAAACUCCCCUGACCAGAACGAGGAGAGACAAAGAGACGCCGUAGCAACUGCAGCAUCUCUCUGGUUGCCUGCAUCCGAGACCGAUUUCCCGGAGAGGACCUUGUCUUCUUCCUGCUCAAAUAUACGCCUUUAAGCAAGUGUACACAAUCUGUAAGCAGCCAUGCCGGAGUGCUGGGAUGGGGAACAUGACAUUGAAACCCCUUAUGGGAUGUUGCAUGUGGUGAUCCGCGGGGCUCCCAAGGGCAACAAGCCAGCUAUCCUGACCUACCAUGAUGUUGGGCUCAACCACAAGCUGUGCUUCAACACCUUCUUCCACAAUGAAGACAUGCAGGAGAUCACUAAGCAUUUUGUGGUGUGCCACGUAGAUGCCCCAGGCCAGCACAUUGGUGCCCCCCAGAUGCCACAAGGGUAUCAGUAUCCCACCAUGGAUCAGCUAGCUGGGAUGCUUCCUAGUGUGGUGCAACACUUCGGCUUCAAGAGCAUUGUUGGAAUUGGAGUGGGGGCUGGUGCCUACAUCCUCGCCAAAUUUGCGCUGAUUUUCCCUGAGCUUGUGGAGGGUCUGGUUCUACUCAACAUUGACCCCAAUGGGAAGGGAUGGAUCGACUGGGCCGCCACAAAAUUGUCAGGACUCACCAGUACUUUACCAGACACUGUCCUGGCCCACCUCUUCAGCCAGGAAGAGCUUAUGAGCAACACAGAAGUGGUCCAGAGUUACCGCCAACAGAUCAACAACACCAUCAACCAAUUCAACCUACAGCUCUUCUGGAACAUGUACAACAGCCGCAGGGAUUUGGAAAUGAACCGCAGUGGCUCUGUGCUAAAUGCUAAGACCCUGAGGUGCCCGGUCAUGCUGGUUGUUGGUGACAAUGCUCCGGCUGAGGAAGGCGUGGUUGAGUGCAACUCCAAACUGGAUCCAACCAACACCACAUUCUUAAAGAUGGCUGAUUCAGGUGGAAUGCCUCAAAUUACACAGCCUGGAAAACUCACAGAGGCUUUCAAGUACUUCCUGCAGGGAAUGGGUUACAUUGCUUAUAUGAAGGAUCGGAGAAUGAGUGGGGGGCCAGUGCCUUCGGCCAGUAUGACCCGUCUUGUUCGCUCGCGAACGGCCUCUCUGACCAGCGCCGGCUCCGUGGAUGGUUCUCGCAACCGUGCAUGCACGCACUCGGAUAGCAGUGAGGGCGUCGGGCAGGUCAGCCACACCAUGGAAGUGUCCUGCUGAACCCUCUUGCACUGUCUCACACGCACACAUUUAUACAGACAUGGCAUGGAAGGAGGGCGUGAGAAGAAUGGAGGUCUCAUAUUGCUUUCAUUCUUUCUUUCUCAGCCAUUUUCUAUGUCGUUUUCUCUCAGUUUUUCAGUGUUAGUCAUCUUAAAGGAAUAGUUGACUCAAAAAUUCACUCACCCAGAUGUCUUUAGAAACCCAUAUGACUUGAUUUCUUCUGUAGAACACAAAAUGAGAUGUAUAUAGUCCAAGCGGCUAUUUUCCAUAUAAUGAAAGUGAAUGGUGACCACAACUGAAUUUCAGUGGAUAACAACCUUUUUUUUGUGAAUUAGCUUUAGAAGACCUGAAAUGUCGUGCACAGGUAAUGUAAACCACUUUUAUUAUACUUGAGCAUGACAGCACUUGGUCCCCAUCCACUUCCAUUGUAUGGAAGAGAGCAGCUCGGACAUUCUGCUAAACAUCUUCUUUUGUGUUCCACAGACAAAAUAAAGCCAUACAGGUUUAGGAGAACCUUAGUUUGAGGUUUUCUUUUCGAGCUGAACUAUUCCUUUAACCUGUAAAAUGAAGACUUGCUGUCCUUUUCCCCUUGAAAACGGUGUUUAGUUUCCCCCAACUUUGUAACGCUGUUACUUAUCGCUCUACGUGUCAGUAUUCUGCACCCUUUGCUUGCUGCCUCUGGCCUUCACCUCCUCCUAAGACAAAACUACAAGUCCCAUCAGCCCCUGCUCUCACUCAUUCCUGUCCUAUGACAGUCUUUGAGGAGAAACUGAUGGAUUGGGUCGCAGGUAGAAGGGGUCGGUCUUGAGGAACAGCAUGAAACAAAGUAAAAGAAAGAGGAAAGGAUGGGUCUUAAACCAGAGAGCGAUUUAUAAGUGACAUUUGUAGCUCUCCCUCUCAAUUUUGAGCGAAAGCAAAGUGAUUGUAUAAUCGAAGAGGUCGAAAAUCUCUUAACCAGUAAACAGUAGCUUUCUGCUAAUCAUCUCAGCUCAUUCAGUCAUUGGGAGUGUAUGUGUCACCACAUACUGUAGAAUCGCUUUUGAUAGACAUUUUUUGCAUGAUUUGAUACUGUGAUUGGUUUUCUUAUUUAAAAUGUUAUUAAAGCAUGAAAAACAGUUUUGAACAUUUUUCUCCAUUAAAGUAGGAACAGAAGUUCUAUGACUUGACCGCUGACUUGCCUUAAAGGGUCUUUUUUUCUUGUUAGAAUGCUUCAUUUUAUCAUUCCUUUCACAUUAAGCACUAAUACAAUCAAGUGCACUUUCAAAUCAAGUCUCACUUCAUUAAAUAUGACAUACCUAGUACCCUUUUAGUGUGCACUCGCUGUCAAAUGAAAGCGGCUUUGCCUGGGAUCGGUUCUGUACGGUCUCCUUUUUAUAGACAAUCAGCUUCUGACCAAAACCAAACCGGAACCGUCGACUGAGGCAGAGCCUGUGUGAUAGAGUUUGCAGUGCGUUAGCGGUACAGAAUCAAGGCUUCACGCUUCCCUUACAGCACCCAGCCCCGCACCAAGAAUAUACCAAAGCUACUGAUAAAAAUGCACACAAAAAUGCACACAUACACAUUUCCCAAUGAGGGCUGGGUUCUGCAAGGUAACAGAGCUUUUGGAUGCAUAUAUAGCCUAUAUACACACACACACACACACACACAAUUCAUGUACUCACAUGCAACUUGCAUAUAAACAACACUGAAAGAUUCAUGUGCAUUAAAAUCAAUCCAUAUUCAGUGAAUGCUUUUUUCAUAAUUUACUGUAGAUCUGUAGAUUCACAUUUACUUAUUUUAUGUGACCCUUGUGACAUUUCCACAUUUUCAUCAUAGUUUUUAAAAAUUCCUAAAGUGGUGAAUGCUCCAAUAGCAAAAAAAACAAAACAAAACAAAACAAAAAAACACAAUAGUGUUUCUAUGACUUUCCAAAUGUGGAAAAAAUGAAGAGAUUGAUUAUGGUGUCAGAAGAGAAAAUGAUGUCAAGUUUGACGUCACUCCCUCUUCACUUACCGUUUUGUUAGAAAUACCUACAUAGCAGCAGCCAAGGUAAUAUAACACAAAGUAUAGUGUUAUAUAAAAAAUGUCUAGAUUUGCAAUGUUAAUAUCUGGAAACAUGUAAUCAAAGUCUGUGAAAAAAAAUGUGUGCAGUUUGUGUGUGGACCUAAUUGGAAAAAUCUAUUGAUUUAUGUACACAAACUGCACAAAAUUUUUGAGAAAAACCCCACCUAAACAAUUAAACGAAUAAAAGAAAUAAAUGAACGAAUGAAUGUACAAAUGAACGAACAAAUGAAUGAAUAAAUGAGCCAACAAACGAGUAAACUAAUGAAUAAACAAAUUAUUUGAAUCAAGUUCCACAGAUGACUGACAUGAGCUGAGAUCUGAUUGGCCGACGCAGUUAACAUGGGACUUAUGAGGGCAGAGCAACCGUUGGCUUUCCAUUCCACACUCGCGCUUUUCUGUCUUAUUGAAUGUCAAUUUUUCUGCGGCUUCCUUAAACAGGAAGUGCACAAUUACGACUUUUCAGGGGUGUUUCCUGCAUGUUUGUCUGUAAGGGGCGGGGCUUUCUGGAGCAUGAUGCUCCAAGCUCGGAAUGUAGGGCAAAUCCCACCCCCAACAAACCCAACCCCCAAACACAAGGUGCCCCGCCCCUCACAGACACUUCCAGUCGCCCCUAAAGGGCUAUCGACCCAGGCAACGCAUCGUGAUCGACCUCACUCCAUGCAAAGCUGGGCGCAGUACUGUAGAUACUGUACAAUGAGAAAAGUGAAUGCGUGAUAUGGAAUAAGCAGUGAAUGUGAAAGAGAGGGAGAGGAGGAAUGAAAGGAGGGUGUUCAAAGCGGAAGGGUGAAAGUCAAACGCUAAAUAUCGACAGGUUUCCUCCUAAAGACUGAAUGGACAAACACUCGUUCUUCCCCAGUAUUGAUUUGCAUGAGUUUUGAUAAUGCAACCUCGUGUUUGUGUCGUUUUUAUUGAUUUCCUGUCUGAAGUAUGCAGUCGUUAGCUCUUAUUAAGAGAUAAA